GAAGUUUAGCAUCAUACCAUGCACCAAAUGCUUUAAUUAGAUUACUUAUCUUGGCUGCUGGUGUUUCUUCUUCAUUGCUGGUUCAAACAGUAACAUGGUGGUCUGGAAACAGUUUACAAAGGUUCAUCAGGAUAUGGGGCUUCAUGCUCGGCAAGAUAAUGCUCCUUGUUCUUCGUAUCUGGUACACAUCACUUAAUCCAGUCUGGAGCUCACAAGUUGCCAAUACUAUCAUACUGACAAUUGGUUUUGUAGCAGCCUUGGAGCAAAUUCUUUCAGGUGGAAACAAGAGGAAACAAGAAACAAACAAAACUGGUAAUGUGGUUAGAGAGACUGCUUCCCAUCCUCAUUGGUUUUUAUCAGGGAUUGCUUUUGGCAGCCUCAUGUUCCUCACUCUGUGGAUAUUUGGGGAGGUUUCUUUAAUUUCUAGAUGGGCAGUAAGUGGACAUCCACAUACAGGUCCAGAUCCUAAUCCAUAUGGAGGUACAGUUCUGUUGGGCCUUGCUCAUGGAUUGAUGCUUUCAUUUUGGAGCUGGUCUUCUGUCAUCAGUUUUGCCUUGUUUCUCAUAGGUUUGGCAUCUUCAGCUGGUCUCCUUUAUUUACAUACCUGGAGUGCUGCUGUUGCAGGCAACAUUCUUGGUCUCUUUACUAUGUGUGUGUGGCCUCAACUAGCUGGACACUUUGUCAGCUGUCUGCAUCCUGGGAAAGCCAUGAGUUUUAUAAUGUUAUGUAUUGGGGUAGACAUUCUAACAGGACCCAAGAAAGACUUCAGCUCUGUCUUUGAAGUGAAAAGCAAUCAAAAACCAUUAUUCAAAAGGAGUAAAAACUAUAUUAAACUAUUAUUGUGGCUGUUUGUUGGUGUUGGUUUGCUUGGAUUGGGUUUACGUUAUAGAACUUACCAGAAGAAGUUGGGCCAAGGGGUUCCCAAAAGAGAUUUCUCUGCUUUGAUCUGGCCUUUUAGAUUUGGAUAUGACAAUGAAGGAUGGUCUAAUUUGGAAGGAUCAGCUAAUUUGCUUAAUCAGACAGAAGCAGAUUUUAUCACUAUUAUAGAGAGUGAUGCCUCUAAACCAUUCAUUGGAAACCAUGAUCCAACAAUGUGGCUAGGAGAAAGACUGGGAUUUUAUACAGAUUUUGGUCCAAGCACAAGAGAUCACACUUGGGGGAUUAUGGCACUAUCCAGGUAUCCAAUUGUAAAAUCGACCCAUCACCUCCUUCCAUCUCCAGAGGGAGAGAUUGCACCUGCCAUCUCCUUGACUGUCAACUUCACAGGGAAGCUGGUUGAUUUUGUUGUCGCUCACUUCGGAAAUGAAGAAGAGGACUUGGACAGAAAACUCCAAGCAAUAGCUGUUUCAAACCUAUUGAAGACUAGCUCUAAACAAGUUGUAUUUCUAGGAUACAUCACUUCAGCUCCUGGAUCCAGAGACUAUACUGAAUUAAUAACAAAUGGAAAUGUGCAGGAUAUUGACAGUACAGAUCGGGACAGAUGGUGUAGCUAUAUUAUGUAUCGUGGACUAAUAAGGCUGGGUUAUGCCCGCAUAUCUCAUGCUGGUUUAAGUGAUUCAGAAGUCCAGAUGGCCAAAUUUAGAAUCCCAGAUCACGUGGAUAGCUAUGUUGACAAUGACAGAAUUGUCACUGAUCCCAGCCAAGUUCCCAAGGACAUCCAUUUCAACCCCAGGUUUGGAUCUUACAAAGAUGGACACAAUUAUGUGCCUAUUCAUCGCUUUCAUAUGAGCACUCCUAAAUAUUUUAAACGGAUGAAUUAGAGCAAGAAAAUAAAAUAUUAUUGAGACCAUCAAGAAAGGUUUGUUGCUUGAAAAUGAAUUUGCAGCCAAAAAAAAAA